AUGAGUGCAUGUGUCAUUGGUAUCACCCCUACCAGUGAAAAUGAGCCGCAACAACAAAAUGGUCGAAGAGCCACAAAAGAAAAGAUGAAGUUGGAAACCAAAGAUAAAACAAGUCGUAAAAAAAAACAAAAACGUCAUAAUUCUGAACAUGAUACUGAAAGUGUUUCUAGUGGAGGCAGUGGUAAACCAAAAAAGGAAUUGGAAAUCGAGAUGGAUCCUUCAGUUUUACAGAGACGUCAGAAACAAAUUGAUUUUGGAAAAAAUACAGUUGGCUACCAGAAUUACUUAUCUAAGGUUUCUAUAUCAGACAGAGCAAAAGAAGACCCAAAAACACCAGAUAAGUAUUCUAAGUAUAGUAGGAGGUCUUGGGAUAUGCUCAUCAAAAUAUGGAGAAAGAAAUUACAUGAAUAUGAUGUUGAUGGUAAAAGUUCUAAAGCUGACCAUUAUUCUGAUAUAGAAAGUGAGGGAUAA